AAGCCGUCGCUGGAUCAAAUCGACCAUUUCACCAAGCUGAUCGUCGACGAUAUGCUGAAGUUCUGGGAACCUGGUAUCUAUUUUUCCCAAACAGCAUUGUAUCCGACCGGCCGGUUCGCACUGGGGGCUCUCCUUCCCAUGAUAUGCGACCUCAGUGCUGCUCGGCAGAUGUCUGGCUUCGCGAGCCACAGCGCGACCUACUUCUGUUCAGUCUGUCAUCUCAAACAGGACCAGAUCGAGCAGAUCGACAAGCACCAAUGGUCAUAUCGAAGCGUCGAGGAACAUCGCAGGCAGGCUGAGGUAUGGCGCAGCCUCGACAGCGACGCCGCGCGCAAGGCUCACAUCAAACAUGGAUUUGCUCGUCACACGGAGUUCCUGCGAUUGCCAUACUGGGACUCUGUUCGGUUCACCGUCGUCGAAAGCAUGCACGCGCACUACCUCAACAAUCUCAAGCACCAUAUCCGGGAUACAUGGGGUAUGAGUGCAAAACACCAAUCGGGGGACGGUGUACUGUGGUAUGCCAGGAAGGUACCCGCAUGCUCCCAGAAGACGAAUGCGGUAUCGUGGAACCGGAUCUUGCAACAUCUCGAGCGGGAUACGGUGGACCAGUUGACCAAGCUGAAGUACGAUGUUCUUCAGGAAAUCUGGAGCGAUCAACAACGGACCUUGCUACCGUCGUGUGUGGCACCCGCCCCUACUCGAGUCGGUUCUCAAAAACGGACGCUCAAGGCGGACGAAUGGCGCUCUCUUGGAACAAUACACUUGGUCAUUUCCCUCGUGCGACUCUGGCGCUUCGGUGAUGAGAGACAACAAGCCAUGCUGGAUAACUUCAUUCACCUAGUUUCAGCUAUUGCUGUCGCAGGCCUGCACUCGACAUCUCAUGAUCACAUCAUAGCCUACGACCACCACUACCAGACGUACCUCCAAGGAUUCCUUGACUUGUAUAAAGAGGUCCCUCUCACGCCGAGUAACCACAUGGCUCAGCACUUCGCAGACAAGUUUCUAGCCAUGUUUGGGCCCUCUCAUUCGAUCCGUGCUUGGGCGAUGGAACGGGUCAACAACACACUGCAUAACUUCGCAAAGAACGGGAAGUGGGGU